AUUAAGUUAAAGAGCUUAUUGGCCAACAAAAUUUCAUGCAAAAACAACCUUCAAGCUUCUGUCUCUGUUUUAUUCAGAAGAACAACAACUGAAGAUAGGCGGAGGUUGUUAUGGGAAAUGCGUUUGGUUGCAUCUUGCCUGACGGUGCAAACGCGUCAUCGAAGAGAGUUUCAAGCAGGCAGGAUCCUCCGGCCCCUCCACGCCCUCUAACUUUACCCUUCCCCUCCUCUGCCUCCGCCUCCUCCUCCUCCUCCUGGACUCCUUUCUUCAAUGGAAGCAGGCCGAGCUUGUCAUCUCCAUUUCCUUCUACUUCUUCAAGGAAGAAGAAGAAAAACAAGAGGGGAUCAUCGUCAGGGAGUCUUAACCUUGACGACCAUGAGUCUUCUAUUAUCCAAGAACAAGCUAUUGCCGCUGCCUUAUUGUAUCGACAUCAUCAGAUAAACGGUUCCCUUCCUUUUAUCCGAUCAACUUCGGUUGUUCAUCCCUCACCGGGUUCAAAGAAACAACGUUUCCCGAGGAGUUCAAGCACCAGGCAACCUUCACCAUCCGAUCCUAUGAUAAACCGUCAACAACUCGUUCAUAGCCAGCAGGUAGAGAACAUGGAUGGUGUUGAAACUAAGCAUUUUGUGCUUGUCCAUGGAGGUGGGUUUGGUGCUUGGUGUUGGUAUAAAACAAUGACACUUUUGGAGGAAAAUGGAUUUCAAGUUGAUGCUGUUGACUUAACUGGUUCUGGAGUUAGUUCUUUUGAUACCAACAGCAUUACUUCUUUGGCACAGUAUGUAAAACCACUCACUGAUAUCUUUGAUAAGCUAGAAGACGGGAAGAAGGUCAUUUUGGUGGGACAUGAUUUUGGUGGUGCUUGUAUAUCUUUUGUGAUGGAGUUAUAUCCAUCUAAGAUUGCAAAAGCUGUUUUUAUAGCUGCAGCAAUGUUAACUUGUGGUCAGAGUACCCUGGAUAUAUUCUCCCAACAGAUGGAUUCAAAUGAUCUAAUGCGACAGGCUCAGAUAUUUUUGUAUGCCAAUGGUAAUAAUAACCCUCCAACAGCUGUUGAUCUCGACAAAACAUUGUUGAGAGACUUGUUCUUCAAUCAAAGUUCUGCCAAGGAUGUUGCCCUGGCAUCAGUAUCAAUGAGACCAAUUCCUUUCGCACCGGUUUUAGAGAAGCUUUCUCUUUCUGAUAUGAACUAUGGCUCCAUCCGACGUUUCUAUAUAAAAACUCAAGAAGAUUGUGCCAUUACCAUCCCUUUACAGGAUGCCAUGAUAAAAUCCAACCCACCAGAACAAGUUUUCCAACUUAAGGGUUCUGAUCAUGCCCCUUUUUUCGCAAGGCCUCAAGGGUUACACAAGAUACUUGCAGAAAUAGCAAAGAUUCCACCAAAGCAAGCCUGUGGCAGUACACCUGAGCUAAGGCAUCUUUUGGAAUAUGACACAUUCUGAUCUGCAACUGCUGCAUUUUGUGAUAUUUGCCAUCAGAACCAUGUCCAUGCAUGUGAGAUUAAAACUAACCCACCAUCAAAUUAUUCAUAAUCAUGUGCAUGCAUAUAUAUAUAUGCUGUUGUAUUCCUAUUUGUAAUGUGCAAAUUCUGUCAUCCAGCAUUUUUACUUGUACCUCUAUAUUGUUGAUAAAAUCUAUGAUUCCCGUAUUAACAACCAU